UCUCCUCACAACAUCAACAGCUGGGAGCAGCCAAAGAUGGCGACCGUAGCGGGGCUCGAGGGCCACAGGACGGAGGAGAAGAAGUUCGAGUACUUCUCCUCCAUCAACUCCAUGGCGAGGAAGAUCAUGCAGGAGCGGGAGAAGAUCAAGGCCCAGCACGGCCCCACCUGGGAGAAGAUGUCGCCGCAGGAGCAGGACUGCGCCAUCGACAACUGCAUGAUGGACCCGCACAUCCGAGCCCGGUACGCGAUGCACCGGGUGGAGCGCGACGAGGUGGCCUGCUACCCCAAGCUGCUGCUGCACACCGGGCAGAAGAUGGUGCACUUCGGGGAGGAGGACAUCACCUGGCAGGAUGAACAUUCAGCUCCCUUCUCAUGGGAAACAAAGAGUCAGCUGGAGUUCACCCUGACACCGGGCUCUGCAGACCAGGGAGUCUCGGCCUCGCAGGCGGAAUCCAAGUCCGCCAAGGCUCCUCAUUCCAACCAGCUGGGACCCAAGGUGACUGUCAGCGAGGGACGGAGGCCAGAGGAGGAGUCGUCUUUCUGGAAGAUCAGCGCCGAGAGGUCCAGGCUGGAGGGCGAGCAGGCGGACUUCCAGUCCCUGACCCCCAGUCAGAUCAAGUCCAUCGAGAAAGGAGAGAAGCCCCUCCCCUCCUACCUCCGACAGGAAACCUCUGUCCCCCCCAAGGAGCCUGAGGCAGCAGAGCCCCACCCUCCAGCUCCAACCAGACCCGCAAAGCAGAAAGCGCCCAAGCCUCCCGCUCCCCAGCCCGCGGCCCCCGUCACCGUUAGUGCCCCGCCGGCGUCCAUCUCCAUCUCGUCGAACCCCGCCCCGCCGGUCAGUGUGUCCUCGACAGUGGCGGGGUGGGAGCGGUCCCAGAGCACCCUGCCGUCGGUCAGCAACACCCUGGAUGAGAUGAUCUCCUCCAACCUCAUAUCGAAGCCCGCCAACAUCCCCACCCGCGUGGAGAGGGAGCGAGAGGUGGAAGCUCCACCCAACGGAGACUCCAGCCCCACAUUUUGUCAGUUCAACACAAGCAACAACAUCCUGAAGACCGGGUUCGACUUCCUAGACAACUGGUAAACCACAGCCGAGGACAUCCACCGCUCUGAAUGAAUCAUCGUCAUCGUCACUCUGAAGAAAGGACCACACUGCCAUGACUACAGACAUCCACAUCUAGAUUUAAAACACACCAGUCUUUACAGUCCACCACAUUAUGUUCUAGUAAUCAUCUCCAGUGGCUUGUUAAGACAUUAUCUCACUGCCUGUGCUCCGGGGUUUUUCCCCUUCCACUAGAAGAGCUCCCUCUCCGCUCUGACUAGGUUUGCAUCUUCUGCCCGAAACACCUUCUGUCCACGGAAUGUAGAGUUAGCAGGGAUUGAACCUCACGGGAUGUGGACGCUGUUCGUCACUGUGCAUUCACACUGCGAUCGACUCGGGUGAAGGUGGAUUGAAUUUUGAUCAAAUCACUUCCCAGAUGUUGAAAAUCUAGUGCAGAAGUUUUCCUUCAAGUCGCGAGUCAACAUGUAUUUAUUCAGUUUGUUUGAAACAACCACCGUUUACUGAAGUGCUGAAGCGGUUUCAAACGAAAAAUGAAAGAAUAUAAUAAAUGGAUGGAUUCAAUCCGACUUUUAAAGUUUAAAUACCAGAGUUUUCUAUUAAAUUGUCUAGUUUCAUAACUGGGUUUUAUAUGAGACGUUUGAAGUGGAAAAUGGCUUCUAUGCUGCUGAUUCAACUUUUCUCUGCUUUUCAUAUGGAGCAAGGUUUAAUUAACUUGUCCAGCUUGUGAGCCACAAUUAUAAAGAACUAAAAAUAGCAGGAAACCCUCUAACGUCACUAACCAGCAUAACCAGCAACGGCUGCUACUGCUCCCCGCCCACUAAAUGGUGUGUCGUCUUUGCUGUACUGUAAUCUUUCAACUAUAACUUUUAGAAAAGGGAAACUUAAAGCGCCACUAACCCAUUUUACACUUGCUGUUAAUGUGCGUGACUCUUAACUGAUGAAUAGUGUUGCUCGCCGUGUGGAUGCACAGUGAUGUCGUUACCCAGCCGCCGCCUUCUCCUCUCGCAACUUACAGACGCUAAUCCAGGAAGGGAGAUCAAUUUUGUACCACGGGCAUGGAAACGUUGGUGUGUCUGUGCAAACUCUUUAGAUUGUUUUUGUUGUGCAGAUGUGCACUCUUUUGCUCUCUGAUGUGCUUUUAUUUAUAUCUAUAUAUAUAUUCCUAUAAACCUUUUAGAGCUCUAGAGUUUAGUCGUGCUCGGUGCUGCAGUCACAGGAUUCCUGGAAUAGUGUGCACGCUUGGGAGAGGUUGUUGGGAUGGAGAAAAUCCUUGAAUCUUCACCGUCCCAUAGCAGAAAUACUGUGGAAGGAAUUUCCAUUUUCACACAUUUGAUGGAAACCAGGCGGCUGCUCUCUUUGGCAUUAAGCAAAAAUAGAACCAGGAGGGAAGAGCAGCCACGGAAGUGCUCGAACUUUUGUCGUGGAAAACACACGGGACUGUGUGUCCUGGCUGCCAUGGGAACCUGUUCCAAAUGUCCUGUGUGGAGUCGUCUCCUUGACAACGCUUCCUCACCACCUCACCCCGCCCGGCUUUCACCCCUGACCUCAAUCGAGUAUGAAGAUCGCACGCGCUCAGACGCGUGUGUUUAGGCCAACGGGCAGGCUUGUAGUGAUUUGUGACAGUUUUCACAACUAGAGUACUAUUUUAAUGAAUUUUAUAUUUAUCCGCUGAUUGUAUCUUCUGCUACACAUGUAUAUUGCACUCAUGCAUUUUGAAGUCACAGUCUCAGAGAGAAGUUAAUAAACGAAAUUGUCAAACUUG